CUCUAACGUCACUUUCGUUUCAAAACGUUGUUGAUAAUGUAACUUGGAGGUUUGGGAGAAUUUAUCACAAACGUUACUACUAGAAACGUUGUUUCUUUGUGCCGUUUACUCUUAAAGACAUGAAUUUCUCCAAUCUCGUAUUUCUGGUCUAUGCGGUGUUAAUUGUGGGACUGACAGAAGGUAGUCCCCGGCGCGCGAGACGCGGCGUCUGUGAGCUCGGGACUUACCGGCAUGAGGGAAACACCUGCUGUCUUUGUCCCACAGGCUACCAGGUCUUAAAUCACUGCACAGAAACAAAUAUAACGUAUUGUGAGAGGUGUAAGGAUGGCACCUAUUUGGAUCACCCAAACAGUGAACACCAAUGUCAGCCUUGUAAAGUCUGUGAUUCCAAUGCAAACAUGGAAACGAAGGAGAGAUGUUCACCAUUUCACAACACUGUCUGCUGGUGCAAGGAAAAUUAUUACUGUAAAAACGGUGACCUGUGCAAGAGCUGCAAUCCCUGUGACAUGUGUGAGGAACUUGGAGUGAAACAAGAAUGCACAAAAAGCAACAACACUGUGUGCAAUGAACCCAAAGAUCUCACACAUCGACAAUCCACAAGCACAGGCACCAUUGUAGCUGUUGUGGUGUCGCUCAUACUUUUGGCUGGUGUUGGUGUGGUGGUGUUCUGGAUAGCACGCAAACUUUAUUUAAAUGAUAAACAGAUCCCAUAUUUAAUUACUCGAAAGGAAGACCCUCACCUGAAAGAUUUAGACCUGAACCCUCACCUAUCAGAAAUUGCUGAUGUUCUGGGCUGGAAAACAAUGAAACGUGUUGCCCAGCGGAGUGGCAUGAGCAAAACUGAUAUUGAGGAGCAAGAGCUUAAUCACCAUAACGAUGUGAAAGAACAGACCUUCGGACUUCUGCAAGCUUGGUCCGAGAGACAAGGUUUACAUGGAGCUUACCCAGCUCUCAUCAAAACUCUUCAUCACAUGAAUGAAAGAAGAACAGCAGACGAGAUCCAGAAAAUCAUUGAGAAAGAAGCAAUAGCUCAGCCAUAAACUGAAUGAGAGUUGUGAACUAAAAGUGCACUCCAUUAAAUUACAACUUUGUCUCGA